GCCGCUCCCUCUCCGCGCCAGAAGGGGCCGCGUGUACCCACCGCCGCCGCUCCUCAGCGCCGGGCCCAAGCGCUGCGCCCCGCCAUGCAGGACUACGAGGGGGUCACCGCCUUCCUGGGCGAGUGGGGCCCCUUCCAGCGCCUCGUCUUCUUCCUGCUCAGCGCCAGCAUCGUCCCCAAUGGCUUCACCGGGCUCUCCAUCGUCUUCCUGGCCGGCGCCCCCGAGCACCGCUGCCGGGUGCCCCCCGGCGCCAACCUGAGCCGCGAGUGGCUCAACGCCAGCAUCCCCCGCGAGGUGCAGGGCGGCCGGGAGGGGCCCAGCAGGUGCCGCCGCUACCGCCUGGAGUCGCUGGCCAAUUUCUCCGCGCUGGGGCUGCAGCCCGGCAGGGAUGUGGAUCUGAGUCAGCUGGAGCAGGAGAAGUGCCUGGACGGCUGGGAGUACAGCCGGGAGCUCUACCUCUCCACCAUCGUCACCGAGUGGAAUCUGGUAUGUGAUGAUGACUGGAAAGCUCCCUUAACUGCCUCCUUGUUUUUUGUGGGUGUACUGGUUGGAUCCUUUAUAUCAGGACAGCUCUCAGACAAGUUUGGCAGGAAGAAAGUUCUGUUUGCGACCAUGGGGGUGCAAACCGGCUUCAGCUUCCUGCAGGUCUUCUCUACCAGUUGGGAGAUGUUUUCAGUGCUCUUUGUCAUCGUCGGCAUGGGACAGAUCUCUAACUAUGUGGCAGCCUUUGUACUUGGCACAGAAAUUCUUGGCAAAACAGUUCGUAUUAUAUUCUGCACAUUAGGCGUUUGCAUAUUUUAUGCAAUUGGCUACAUGUUGCUGCCACUGUUUGCUUACUUCAUCAGAGACUGGCGGAUGCUGCUUCUGGCUCUUACUUUACCGGGGCUGCUUUGCAUUCCACUGUGGUGGGUCGUUCCAGAAUCUCCCCGGUGGCUGAUCUCUCAAGGAAGAGUACAAGAGGCCGAAAUCAUCAUCCGAAAGGCUGCAAAAACAAAUGGUAUUGGAGCCCCAGAUGUAAUAUUUGACCCUAUGGAGCUGCAGGAAAUGACUUCCCAGAAGCAGCAGACGCACACCAUUUUGGACCUAGUGAGGACAAAAAAUAUUCGAUUUGUCACUAUUAUGUCAGUGAUUAUUUGGAUGAUAAUCUCUGUAGGCUAUUUUGGCCUCUCACUUGACACUCCUAACUUGCAUGGUGAUGCCUACGUAAACUGCUUCCUCUCAGCGGUUAUCGAAGUUCCAGCCUACAUUAUAGCCUGGGUGCUUCUCCGAAAUCUCCCGCGACGAUAUUCGAUGGCUGCUGCAUUAUUCUUGGGAGGCUGUGUCCUUCUCUUCAUUCAGCUGGUCCCUCCACACCUUCACAUCCUGUCCAUUAUCUUGGUGAUGCUGGGUAAAUUUGGGAUCACAUCUUCCUUUUCAAUGGUUUACGUUUACACUGCUGAGCUAUACCCAACAGUCGUGAGGAAUAUGGGAGUUGGAGCGAGUUCCAUGGCCUCCAGAUUGGGCAGCAUCCUCUCACCUUAUUUUGUUUACCUUGGUGCCUAUGACAGAUUCCUGCCUUACAUCCUCAUGGGAAGCCUGACUGUGCUGACGGGAAUCCUUACUCUGUUUCUCCCAGAAAGUUAUGGCACGCCUCUCCCAGACACCAUAGAGCAGAUGCUGCGGGUUAAAGGACUCAAGUACAGACAUACAUCUAAUAGCAAAAGGGUUUCAAAGGAUGAAGAAGAAAGCCCAGUGAUUCUUAAAAGCACGGCUUUUUGAUGACACUACACUGUAUACUUCAUGAUGGACUGAAAAGUAAACUGACUUUUCUUUUAAUUUUCCUUCCAGAAAGGGCUAGUAGCAACACUUUGUGUCCUGUAAUUAUAAACUUAUUUAUUAAACGAAACACUGUUUUUAGUACGUUCUUUUUAUAUGAACGUAGAUACUGUAUAUCCCUUCAUGAGAUCUCCAUCCACAGUCAUUUAAUGUAUCAAAACCACAGAACUAUGUUGGAUAAACCCAGUUUAUAAUUUUAAGAAUUACUACGACACUCUUGCUAUAGACCUCAAUAUCUAAAAGGUGCUUGUCACUGAGUGCUGAUGGAGUGACUUCAGUCCUUAACGAGCUUAAGAUAACUCAUGUUAACAAGAGUUAAAAAUUGCCAGCUCUUUCCAAAUUGUAAGAAAAGGCUGCUAGUGAUACUGGAUUUCUCGACAUGCACAAACACACAUAUCUGCCCGCAGGCAGGGAGCUUUUUAUAAAGUAACAAAGGUGGUGAAAAUACCUGGCUUGGCAAUUUUACAUCAGAACAUAAAUCAUACACAGGUGGCUUUGCACAAGAUUAAUUCCUGAACAACUUCAGGGAUGAAAAAAGAAAAACUUUGACAAAUGAAUUUGAAAACUUGACUUUAUUUUAUCUGGAAAUGGAUUGAGAAGAUUUUCUUGCACAAAUCAUUUGCAAUAUUUAAGUUUUGCUAGCAAAGUAAUUCUGAUUGUUUCAAAUAUCUUUUUAAUAUGACCACAGGGUGAAGUUGUUUACAUCUGGUAUUGGGGUGUGUCCUAUUCCAGGUGCUUAUUUAUUUUUAAAACUAUAAAUAGGUUUCAUCUGUAUUUCUUUUAUCCUUUAGGAUACAGUAUGUAAGCUAAUCCUUCGAAGUCUUUUGUACAGUUUGAUUCGGGGCAUUAUGUCUAUUUUCAAAACUUUCUAUUUCCUGUUUUGUUCUUUUUUUUUUUGUCAGUUUCCUCAACAUGGAGGGCUAAAUUCCACUCUCAGGUGUACCCUGUGCACUCACAUAAAAUUGAAUGUGCGGGGGUUACAUGGGUAUAAUAAAGAUCAAUAUUUAGCCUCAAGACCUGGCCAUAAGCUCGACUCAGAGCCAAGAAUGUCAUUUCACAUGUUCUGUUUUCUCACAAAUAUCAUGAAAUCAGUG